CAGUACAAAGGAGCCACUGGGUGCUGACAACUUAGUUUUUACAGUUACGCUGGAAGAAAAAGCCACAGAUUUUUGGAUAUACACAAGCUACACUUUUUAGACAUGGGCAUGUAUGGAUCCAAGCCUCGUAAACAAGCACAGGUCCUGAUGCUGGGUCUGGACGGCUCGGGAAAGACCACCCUGCUCUACAAACUGAAGUACAACGAGUGCGUGGUGACCGUGCCAACUGUGGGCUUCAACGUAGAGACACUGGAGACAGACAGGAGCAGCCCGGGCCUGACUGUGUGGGACGUUGGGGGCCAGAAGAGGAUGAGGCCCCAUUGGAGGCAUCACUAUACUGAUACAGCCGGACUGGUGUUCGUAGUGGACAGCCGGGAUGAAAAACGGCUGGACGAGGCCUGCAAGGAACUUCGUCGGGUCCUGAAGUACGAAAGCCUCAGAGGAGUUCCUCUGGUGGUCCUUGCCAACAAACAGGACCUACAGGGAGCUCUAAGCCCAGAAGCACUUUGCCUGAAACUGGAAUUGAGAAGAGUGUGUGAGGGCAGGCCCUGGUUCAUCCAGCCCUGCUCAGCCAGCACUGGCAUGGGACUCGAGGAAGGUUUCAGGAGGAUAGUCUAUCUGAUGAAGACUCCAUUGAAACAAACUCAGGAGGACAUUAAGGUUAAGAUGAGAUCUAAGGGCCUCAGUGUCACAGCUGUGAAACAAGUCUUGCUCUGCAGCAGAUGAUGGAUAAAAAUCUUAAGGUUCAUUUAUACAAUGUGUAGGAUUCCUUCUUGCUGGCCUCAUCAGCAAAUGGCCUCACUCUGGCAAGAUCAGAUGUGAGGAGGUGAUACCAAAAGGGAUGACACGAUUGCAGUUAGAAGUGUUAAUCUCUGUGGCAGAAAGAAUUUUCACUCGAUCCUGGUGUCUUUGGACCAUGGUGAUCUGUACGUAAUGAGGAUGAGAAAACAGCCAGUGUGUCACAAGCUGAUAUUAGCUGUUUGCAAAAAAUAUUCAGACGCACAGUGUACAUACAGUCAAUGGUCAAGUUUCCAUGGCUAAAAGAAAUGUGCUUGUGCAUUGUCCAUUUUUCUU